GGGUUUGGGUGGGACGGUUGCCUUGGCAGCAGGCAGAGGGAGAGGGGGAUUUGUGCCGCCGACGGGGUGAGGGGAGGCGGCGCGACCCGUCCGCUGGGCCCCGCCGAGAAGGGAGGAGGCGGCGGGUGCCGCUGCGGCCCGGGCCCCAGGCGUUGCGCGGCGGCGGCGGCGGACGAGUAACGGUGUGAAGGCUGCGGGGAUGAGGGACCGGCUGGCUGAGCUGACAGCGUGUAAAAAAAACGAAGAUGGAGAGACAACUGUUGUCGAAAAAGAUCAUUUUAUGGAGGAUUUCUUCCAGGAGGUUGAGGAACUCAGAAACAGUAUAGCAAAAAUAGCACAAAAUGUGGAAGAAGUUAAGAAGAAACACAGCAUUAUCUUGUCUGCAUCAAAUCCUGAAGACAGAACAAAGGAAGAACUCGAGGACCUGAACAAAGAAAUCAAGAAAAUUGCUAAUAAAGUUCGAGCUAAGUUAAAGGCUAUUGAACAAAGUUCUGAUCAAGAUGGGAAUGCUAAUCGAACAUCAGUUGACCUCAGGAUACGAAAAACACAGCACUCGGUAUUGUCCCGGAAGUUUGUGGACGUCAUGACAGAAUACAAUGAGACCCAGACCCUGUUUCGAGAACGCAGCAAAGGACGGAUACAGCGACAGUUAGAAAUAACUGGAAAAACCACCACUGAUGAAGAACUGGAAGAAAUGUUAGAAAGUGGUAAUGCUUCUAUUUUCACUUCUGAUAUUAUAUCGGACUCCCAAAUUACUAGACAAGCUCUGAAUGAAAUUGAGUCACGACACAAAGAUAUUAUGAAACUGGAAUCCAGUAUACGGGAGCUACGUGACAUGUUUAUGGACCUGGCUAUGUUUGUUGAGACUCAGGGUGAAAUGAUCAACAACAUAGAAAAGAAUGUGAUGAAUGCAUCAGAUUAUGUAGAACAUGCUAAAGAGGAGACAAAAAAGGCAGUUAAAUAUCAAAGUAAAGCACGAAGGAAAAAGUGGAUAAUUGUCAUUCUAUCGCUGGUGUUGGUUGCCAUAAUUGCUCUAAUUGUUGGUUUGUCAGUUGGUAUUCAAUGAUGCUUGGAUAACUUUGGCAUGCAUGUCUCUGCCAAUGCGUCAAAAAUGACAUUCAUAAUUAUUUGUGUAACUGUCUUGCUUGUGAUCCUUGGAAUUAUCCUAGCAGUUGCAUUAUCAUAGCAAGCACAUUCCAAGAUUUUAAGAAUCUUCAGGCUCCAAAUCACAUCUGCAAUGAAACCAAAUAUCCUAACUUUUUUUUGGUAAAAGAUGCCUUACACCCUGCUACACAUGAUGUUCAAUGCUGACUUACCAUUAUCGAUUUAAAGGUGAAAAUACAGUGGCACCUAAUGUUUAAUCAUAUCUGUAAAUCAAAGCGUAUAUGAGAAAUCAGUUGGAUUUUCAUCAGAAAUUACAUGGAUCUGUCAGUGUGAAACCUGCUUUUAAUGGUUUUGAACUAAAGUGAUUUGGGAAUUCCAUCUUUUGAUAUUUCAGUGUUAUAAAUGCAUAAUUUAAUUAGGGAAUUGUGGAACUAUUGAGUUAUGGCUAUUUGGUAUAAUUUUUCCACUUCUAAUGCAAUUCUAAUUAAGAAUUUUAGUAUCACAUUUGUGAUGGUCUUGUUAGCAAAAUAAUUGAUUCUCUGAGCACUGUUUUGUAGGAGAUGUAGCCAUAACUUUAAAUAAAACAUUUACUGGUUAGUCGUCAUGCUCUAUCCAGGUUUUUAGGGAGAAAAAAUUCCCUCUUCAACUAGUGCUGCCUCAUUUUAUUUUAAAAAUCAAUUUGUGCUUAAAGAUAUUAUAAAAUUGUGUUUUAAUUCAAGGGGAAAAUCCUGCUUCCAGAAAGCUUAUGAAGCAACCAAAUAGCAUUCUGUUAAUAGUGACUAUAAAACUUGAACUGUUUUUAAAAACCUUCCAGUAAAGAUUGUUUAGAAGAUUGCACUUAAGUCCAGUUCUGCUUGUUUCAUUGUUAGAAUUCUUAGAUUUUAAAAAAAACACUAGUUAUUCUAUUAUGAAGUUUAUUGUUCUAUUUACUUUGAGAUUUAUUGUGCUUUAUUGCUCAAAAUUUUUGUCUAAUCUAU